UUUUCCAGGGACGAGACUGCACAGUAGCAGAGCGCCGCCCUUUUUUUACACGGUAGACGACGGAAACAGGCGUGGGUGAUGAUGACAGUCAUAUUUGGAUGAUCAAAUUGUUCCGUUUGUCUGGCAUGCACCGACAAGACCGAGCGGAAAAAUCUCUCCACCUGCACAAUCUUCCCCCGCUGUCGUCAUGCAGAUUGGCAUUUUGAGAAUCCAAACGGGCUUCAUCCUCAACCUGUUUCAACUGUGAAAGUGGGAAAGUGCGACAGCGUUUUAAUGAACGACUACACGCUAGCCGACGCCGUGAUGGAUAACCUGAGAAUUUUAUAAUUCUCUCCAGAGGAAGAGCAUCGCAUCUUGUAAGGAGCCACAGAGGAAACUUCUCUGUUCCGAAGCUGUCGGAGUCCAACAUGGGGUAUGGUGUUCUGAGCGUGUUCCUGGGACUGCUCCUGGAGGUGUCCACUCACGGACCCCAUGCUGUGCCCCGAACCUCCUGGAGACACCAAGAGGUGGAGUUGAUGGAGUUUUCAGAGCCAGGCAUCUUCAACUACUCCACGCUGCUGCUUAACCACGAACGCGACGCACUCUAUGUGGGCGCCCGGGAGGCCAUCUUUGAGCUCAGCAAGAAGAAUGUGACAGUCCGAAACAAGAAGGUUCUGUGGCAAGUUGGCGAGACCCCCAUGGCCAUGUGCACGCAGAAAGGAAAAUCCAAGGAGACCGACUGUUUGAAUUACAUCCGAGUGCUCCAGGUAGCUGACGACCGGCGACUCUACGUCUGCGGGACACAUGCCUUUCAACCAAAGUGUGAUUACUUGACUUUGGCUAACUUUUCAUUAGCGGGUCGAGCAGAAGAUGGCAGGGGCAAGUGCUCCUUUGAUCCCUCACAAAGCUUCACCACCGUCAUGGUUGAUGGAGAACUGUACUCUGGGACUGCUUAUAACUUUUUGGGUAGCGAGCCAAUUAUUUCAAGAUACUCUCCAUCAGCAUACCUGCUGAGGACGGAAUAUUCCACAUCAUGGCUCAAUGAGCCCAGUUUUGUUUUUGCCGACGUGAUCAGAGAAGGGGAAAACCCUACAGACGGCGAAGAUGACAAAAUCUACUAUUUCUUCACCGAGGUGUCGGUGGAGUACGAGUUCUUCGGCAAUUUACUCAUUCCUAGGGUGGCCCGGGUUUGUAAGGGCGACCAAGGAGGACAGAGGACGUUGCAGAAGAAGUGGACGUCCUUCCUGAAAGCCAAGCUGGUGUGCUCUAUGCCCGAACUCAACUUUGUCUUCAACGUGGUGCAUGACGUCUUCAUUCUGAAGGCCCCCCACUUGAGGGACACGGUCAUCUAUGGGGUCUUCACCUCUCAGUGGGGAAAUGUCGGUCUGUCUGCAGUAUGUGCCUACAACAUGUCCGCCGUGGAUGAGGUCUUCUCCAAGGGCAAGUACAUGCAGAAGGCCACUGUGGAGCAGUCCCACACAAAGUGGGUUCGCUAUAAUGGCAACAGUCCUUCACCACGCCCUGGAGCAUGUAUCAACAACCGUAUGCGGCAGCAAAACAUCAACAGCUCGCUGCACCUCCCCGACAAGACCCUGCAGUUCGUCAAGGACCACCCCCUGCUGGAAGACCCUGUCCUGCCCAUCGGGAACAGGCCCCGCCUCAUCACCAAGGACGUCAACUACACGCAAGUUGUCGUGGAGCGGGUCCGCGCCCUCGACGGGAGCACCUUGGAUGUGAUUUUUACCGGAACGGACACGGGGGUCCUGCAUAAGUCAGUGGUUCUCGGAGGAGAGGUCCACAUGGUUGAGGAAAUCCAGAUGCUGAAGAACUCCGAGCCCAUCAAGAACUUGGUGCUGUCCUCCGAGACACAAUCUCUGUACGCCGGGUCAGACUCAGGCAUUGUUCAGUCGCCCACGGCGUUCUGCGGCAGUUACCACUCCUGUGCCGACUGCAUACUGGCCCGAGAUCCAUACUGUGCCUGGGAACCUCAAACUGCUCACUGCGUCAAAAUCUCUGACACGCCCAGUCAGCAUCUCAGGAGGCUAAUUCAGAGCCUUAGCGGUGAUGCGGACAAAUGUCCUAAAGCUCCCAUUGUGCCCGUGAAGGACUACCAUCGUGUUUCGGUGAAGCCCGGCAGCUCCUCCGAACUGCCGUGCCCGGUGCGCUCCAACAUGGCACAGGUGACGUGGCGUGCCAACGGCUCGCUUCUCACCGAGGCCUCGCCCUUCCACUUCAUCCGAGAGAACGGCCUGCUCAUCUACAGCGUGGCCGCCGAGGACCAGGGACGCUACGAGUGCUGGUCUGUAGAGUUCGUCGCCGGUGUCGGGAAGAACUUCACCCGCCUCCUUGCGGGAUAUGUCUUGACUUUGGAGGGCGCGCACGUCGAAACUACGGGCCAGAACCAGGAAGGUAAAGUUGAGGCUGACAGAGCGUUAACAUCAGCCCGGGCCCCGCACAAUUUUACCGCCGCCGUGCAACUCACGUCCCCGCCCCACUCAGAACUAACCCCAAGCAGCAGCAGCAGCAGCACGGAGAUCGACGCCCCGGAGGCGAAGUACUUGCAGCGCGGUAAUGGCAUGGCCCUCCUCGUCCUCUUCCUGCUCUUUUUCCUACUCUUCCUGGCUGCCGUGGCCUACAACUGCUACAUGCAGUACCUCCCGGCUCCGUGCCUGCGCCUGCGGGCGGCCCUUUUGGGCACGCACAAGGAAAGCGACGCCAUCCGUCCCGAGUACAGCGCCUGCGAAGCGGGCCUCAUGGAGGCGCCAGCCGUGUCAAACAAAGUCGCCGCGACGGAGCGCCCGGCGCAGAACAAGAGUCAGUUCCUGCGCGCGAUGCGUGAUACGGGCUACGAAACGGAGCCCGAGUGCAGUAACGGGCGGGGGCCCUCACACGGCUUCGGCGACGAAAGCCCGUCCUCACAGAAACCUUUUGACGUGGACUGCGACUCCCAGUCCAUCCAAUUCGCUGACGCCGAUGAGCCUUAUUCCUAGAAACAAACUUGGCGCUCUGGCCACACACGUCGUCGUAUCUGCUUUUUAGGUUCAGGUUAUCAAAGUGCAGAAAACUUCCAGAAAAUUUCCAUUGGAAACUAAGCUGGGGAUUCCCAUGAAAUGUUUCCAACUUUAAUAACGCAUCAAUUUUCCACAACUACAAACACGCAACACAACCUGUCGCUCCUCUACUUAUGUCCGCCAAAAGCUAAUUAGAUCUUUGUCCGUUUUUGUCACAGUUACUCUCUUCAACAUUUACGAUUGUCGUUUCCACUGGGGAGGAAUAACAAUUUCUCCCAGUUGUUGGUAUGUCUGUGUGUGUGUCGUUUUAGCUUUGGUCCAACAAGCAAAGCUCGGUUCUUAAUUCCAAAUUGGAAACAUUGUUUACCAAAUUGGUAAGUUAUGUGAAUGUUUUCCAAAUUGGACUCCGUUUUCUUUGUAUAGGCUGAGUAUUUUUUGCGUGUGUUUGCGGGUGUUGUGCGUUGUCUGCAACCUGGGCCGAUGGACUUAAACAAUUCUCAGGGAAGAUGUUACUUGUCGUAGCGCAGCUUUAUUCUCGGAAGGUGAUGUCUGAUGGAAUCGGAUAACUCUCGUGUUGAGAGGAAAAUCUCCACUUUUUCUGCCAUAUUGUUGUUUUCAAUUUAUUUUCAAUCUUCCACUCUAUCCUCAAACAGAAUUUUUUUAAGCCUCAAAUUUCCUCAAAUGGUGGCCAUCUCUUUAAGAGACAAACACUUUGUAAUCUGAUCAUUUGUCUUUUGCCAACUAAAACAGCAGCACCUAUUGGGGCAGUUGAGGUUAAUUGUUUUGCCCAUUCCUUUCCUGUCACUUGACAUACUAAAUUGUAAAAAAGUUUUCUCAUGUCUGAAGGUGAUAAAAACAGUGGCCACCAUUUGCAGGAAUGAGGUGAAUUGAUUCUGAGGAGUUUUAUUUAUUGCUGUUUUCCCAGCAUCUAUAUUGUCUCUUGCACAUCACAGUGUCCCAUGUUCCUCAAUCUUCCUUUUUCUUUUUUCUUGCUCCCUUUUUCUACCACCACUUCCUUCCUUCCUUCCUUCCUUCCUUCCUUCCUUCCUUCCUUCCUUCCUUCCUUCCUUCCUUCCUUCCUUCCUUCCUUCCUUCCUUCCUUCCUUCCUUCCUUCCUUCCUUCCUUCCUUCCUU